GCUAGCUUGGUGGUAUACCGUUCACAGUGAUCUUUCAGUGAGGAAUUUUUUCCUAAUGGAUACGUUACAAACAAUUUCGGUGGACACGAAACGAACAAUUUCGGUAUUUUCUAUGCUGAAGGACAUUCCGUUAGGACAUUCAUUGCAAGGGAAUUUAACGGUCGAUGUUAAACCACUCAGUGGAGAUCGCAAUAUAUGCAAGCCCGGAGCUGGAAUUCAAACAAGCAUUGGUGGUAUCGAUGUCUCGGUUCAAGUGGAAAAUUUGGACUCAGAACUCAGCAAAAUGGUUACUAUUGGACGAAAGCUCGGUCCAAAUUUUCGUAUCGAAUUACAAAAUUUUUUCCAUUUAACAUUCGUUUCAACGGUAACUCAAACAAUACCGUGGAAUGCUGAAAUUUCUAAAGGAAUAAUGCUGAGUCAACCGGAAACUCUAAUAGAAGAUCCAGAUUUUCAACAAGCCGGUCAUAUCGUAGGUCUGUGUAUUCCCUAUGGCUUUGCCAUGAAGCUCACUAGCUCUUUGGAAGUGACGUCUGAAGACAAAGAUUGCAACAAUGAAAGCCCCAGGAGGGCUGCUAAAAUGACAAAAACACUGGAGUGGUCGUUAAGACCUAGGUUUUCUAAGCUAAGCACUAUUAAGCAACCAAUACGAGAACUAGUCUACAAUAUUCAACGGAUUCCAGCUUACUGUCCAUCAUAUGUACCACCAUCGAAUAUUAUUUGUCGGACAGGCCAAAAAGUCAAACAACUCUUGUCAGAAGUCAAACAUUUCUUGCCAGGCUCUCAAGUCGUUGGCGUCUUAUUAACUACGGCUUUGCCUAUAGCUGUGGAAUUAUAUGCGUUGCCAUUGUUUGUACCGGUUAUGACUCCGUACUUAUGCGCCAUACAUGCCUCGGGAUGUCUAACAUUUUUGGGGAGGGUUUUCACCGCGAGGUGAUUAUUAAAUAUGCUCACUUAUCUUUUUUAUCAACAAUCAACGAAGACAAACAUUGAAUGACUUGACAUGUUCACUUAUCUUCUUUAUCAACAAAGACAAACAUUGAAUGGCCUUUUCUAAGACUAAGCCGCUUGUUCGUGCCCUUUAAGAUUUCAAACAAUAAACUUGAAGUCGAAGGGGACCUUUAAUCGUAGAUUCUCAAAUUAACGAUGUUCUCUACAUUCGGAGUAGUCUUAAAUCUCACCGAAUAAUAGGUUUUUUUCUAAAAACAGGGUUUUUUCAGAUGUGUAAGGAUAAAUUUCUAGUACUAAAAUAUUACAAUAUUUUCAAAUCAUUGGCAAACAGAAAGUAAGGUCGAAUUAUAGCAGGAGUUUCCAGUUUUUCGUUCAUACCUUCCAACAAGUUCGCGUAAAAUUUGUAACGGAAGAAAAUGGGAAUCCUCGGUAAUAAUUCGUGAAUUCAAUCAUUAUUCUGAUCCAGGUUUAGGAUUUAAGCUAAGAUUAUAUUCUGGAUAUGCAAUUAAUUUAUAUUUUCGGUCGACUUGGGUAAAUGGUGUAUAUGAAAUACUACAAAAUAUUAAUCGUCAGGGGGGGGGGAUGUAGUUAAAUUUUGUGUGUAUGUGAUACCGGUGUUAAGCCCUGGUUCAAACUAGCUCCUAAGAAUCGGGGAUCCAUUGUAUUACUUUCCGAUAGACAAAGCAUUUUGCGCACCAGCGUCCUCGGACAAAGGGAAUCCCAGAUUCUUAGGACAAGUGUGAACCAGGCUUUCUCUCGAAGAUUGUUUGUUUGUUUUCUCUUUUUUGGGUGUAUCGGCGCUAUUAACGGACUGUAUACAUGGUUCCGCUUAGGCGAGAUUCAACGAAGCGUAAUAAAAUGACGUUAAUGUAUUGAAAUGAGUGUAUAACAGUCAUAAUCCUGGCACUGGUGUAGUCAUCCUGACAAUAACAUGCGUUAUUUUUGUUUCAAAAAGACUUAUUUCAAUACCUGAAAAUCAUCUCACGCUUCGUUGAAUUCAUGGAAACAGCUCCCAAGUGUCGCAUGUUGCCUUGAUAUUAAAACGUAGCAAAAACAUUUAAUUAUAUAGUUUGACUAGUAUAUAUAUUGUGACGUUGUAACAGUCGUACUAUAUAUAGUUUUAAAUAUUGUACAAUUAUAGAUCGAAUAAAAAUAUCCUCAUACGAUUCGGCAUAGCCACGUUCACCAUGAGGGCCCUCGCCGAAGGAGUGCUUCAAAAACAAAACCUUUUUAAAUCAAAAUUAAAAAAGAUGCCUCCUCGGGUCCUGGCAUCACUGUCCCGCGAGCUGAGUCGCGUGUAAAUUACGUAAUCACUUUAAAUAUUGAUCUAAAUUAAAGACUAA